CUGAGCAGCUUCACCGGCAGAGUUCUCACUCGUCUCCACUUCUCUACACAACCAAACAUGAGGGUUCUGUUGGCCUGUGCUAUCGUGGCGCUGCUGCUGGGCGUGUGCUGUGGGGAGCCCGACGUGUCCUAUUACUCCUCCUUCAGCAACGGUAACGGAAGGAGCGGCCACGGAAGAAACAUAGGCCGCCAUGGAGGCAACGUGGGAACCGGAGGCGGAUAUGGAGGCAAUGGAGGCAACAGAGGAUAUGGAGGGGGAUAUCGAAGCAACGGAGGAAACAACGGCCACAACGGAGGUAACAGAGGCUACGGCAGUCCCAGUAGUGGUUGGAGGUUCUAAUGGUGUUUUCAAUGGCGGCUACAACGGUAGAUAAAGUGGUUCGAAGGGCGGCUCCAACAGUCGCCCGUACAGCAAGUGAACCAAAGGACCAUAGAUGACAAACACAAGAAUGGUAGUU